UUUGGAAAAAGUCUCAAAACCGGAGCUUGUUACUGUAAUCGGGGUUUUAAAAGCGGCUUUCCUGAACAUAUGUGCAGCGCUUAUCCAGCUACGUUAAAUGUUGCAUUCCAAGACUACGUUACGCAAGAGGUGAGCGAAUAAAUACUGCAUAAGUCCGCAGACUGGGCGACACUGACCCCCCCCCUCCGGGUUAAUGGAACACUCGAACUCCAGGAGUUCCGUUCCGGGCUUUUUUUGUCACCGAAAGCGUUCCAGUUCCUGGGUUGCCAGGGCAACCGAUGUUUAACAAUCCCACCUUUCAGGGCCACGAAGGGCGAAAGACCGAGCGGAGCAGCACACCUGAGAAACCCGGAUUCAAUGGCAGCCGAAUCUCUCCCUGCUGAACUCUCCUUGCCGCUAAAAAACAAGAACACCCACUGCGACCGAGUUGGCAAACUCUAUAGAGGUUGCAGAAUUUCUGCAAACGUGUCCUCCAUUCCUACUAAAUACCAGACCGUGGUCAUCUGCAACACAGAAAGAAAGGGCUUCUCUUCGCAGACCAAAAGGUUUCUGUCCGAAACCAAUCAGAAUGAAAAUCCCGGACCCGGUUCUUAUAUUUCCCACAAGCCUGCUGAGCCGCACAGCUCCUCAUUCUCGAAGAAAGGGACUGGCAGCUUCGCUUCCAGAACAGCCAGAGUUCCCCGGAAUGGCCUCAGACCCACCCCUGCCCCCAAUGCCUACACGCUGCAAUCCACCCUUCUGGAGAGACACAGCUUCAACCUGGGCAGUUCCAGCAUGUUUCAGCAGCCCAUCGCUGUUAAGCUCGAGGAUGUGAAGAGCAGCACUCCAGCCCCCAACCAGUACAAUGUGUCUCUCAAAGGGAUUGAGAAGAGCACCACGGUCUCUGCAAAGUCAGUCUUCCUAUCGAAAACCCAAAGAGAGUUUGCUCCUCCAGGAGAUUUAAAAGUGCCGUCUCCAUGCCAUUACAGGGUGAAUGACUCCCUCACCAAGGAAAGCCCAAAGGUCCCAGUUUCCUGCUUCAGGUCAACCUCUGAGAGGAUACAGACUACAGUUCCAGCCCAGGUCCCAGGCCCGGGAGCCUGCAGCCCCUAUGAGGCACCAGGGCCUGUGAAGAAGACCAUCUUUCCAAAGAGGCACUACCUGUGUAUUUCUGCACCCCCGAUACCAGUUCCUAAGACACCUCCUCCUCCAGGGCCUGGCCAUUAUGAGGUUGUUAAUUAUGAAGGGGCUCCCAGACACUACAUGUCCAGUGCAGUGUUUCUGUCCAACACAAGCCGGUGGACCGCAGACAACCACAGCAAGGACCUGCCUGGACCUGGUUUAUAUCAUCCAGAGAAGCCAACCAAACAGUCCUUUUUGUACAAUUUCUCUAACAAAUGGAUUCCUGCCUGAGACAGUCUGAAGACCGAGAAAUGGAUUGUUAUUUUAUUAUCAGAGGGUUGACACACGACACUUCUCACCUUCAAAGCCAUAGGCAGUUACUUGCAGGAUGUAUUGUGGGUUAACGUCUUUAAAUGUAAGAACCCACUGUUAAUUUAUUUUUGUAAAGGUGCAAAUUCAGUCAGUGAUAGUGCCAGUUAGCAGCUUGUAUAUACAGUACAAUGUCAGCCUUAUGUUUUUAAAAUGGUCAUAGAACUAUUUGCAUUUUAACAAAAGAAACACUGACUUAAUAUGCUUCAGUAACCAAUUUUAUAAAGAAAUUAAAAAGUAGAACAUCAAUAUAAAAAUUGUGUUUGUACAUUUGGAUCACAGGAUCCAUUAAUUUUGCAGAUCACAGACCAUGUGUGGAAUUUUCAGUGAAUUUAAUGGAACCCAUUGCUUCAUCAUGUUGAAUUCAGGUGGCAGAAGUCCACAGUUUUACACAUUCAGCAUCAUCAGAAUGCAGUCACCUUCCCAUUCCACAUGAGUAUUUAUUGAUGCCUUAAUGAAUAGCAGCAUUAUGAACAAUUCAAUCUGGAAAUAAUGACAUUGCAGAAUAGUAGGAACUGUAACUGUUUUCACUAACUGCCUCUCCCGUUUCACACAUGAUCAAUAUAGAUCUCAAGAUAGAUCCGAAAACUGUUCUUGCUUGGAGAAUGAAGAUGUUCAUUUUAUACCAUAACCUUAAGAGAUGUACAGUAUUUAGUUGAAGAUGUAAUACAGGAAAAAACAUUGUUCAAAAUAAAAAAACAGAAAACGUU